AUAUUAAUUAUCUGUAUUAUAUUGGGCAGCAUUCAAAUGCAUAGAAAACAACUCCUUAUCCCUGGAGAGAACAGGCCAACAGGACACCAAUGGCUUGCUCAGUUCGCCACCCAACAUUCUUUCUCCCUUUUCUGUGCCCAUCAUCUCCAAAACAUAGGCAUUGUUGUUCACGGAGGUUACGAACUGAAAUACAUAAUAACAAUAGAAGGAAACAAAGAACACCUGCAGCAGCACUAAUGGCGAGUUCAAGCAUAAAAGAUAACCAGGAAGCUGGAGAAAGGCUGUAUCUUGGAAUGGACUUUGGAACAUCUGGUGCUAGAUAUGCUCUUAUUGAUAAACAAGGCAGUAUCCAUUCUGAAGGAAAGAGAGAAUACCCACUUUAUAUGAGUGAAGAAAGGAUGGAUUGGGUGCGGUCUUGGAAAGCGACACUUUUGUCUCUACUAGAGGAUGUUCCUUAUCAUCUUCGCUCGCUUGUUUCUGCUAUAUCUAUUGAUGGUACUUCUGCGACUACUAUCAUAGUAGACAGCACUACAGGAGAACCACUAUGGAGACCAUUCCUCUACAAUGAGAGUUGUCCUGAUGCAUUGUCAAUGGUGAAAUCUAUUGCUCCUGCAAACCAUACAGUUUGCUCUGGAUCAUCUACCCUGUGUAAGCUUGUUUCAUGGUGGAACAUGGAGGAUUCAAAUAAAAAAUCAGCAUUAUUAUUGCACCAGGCAGAUUGGCUGUUGUGGCUUCUCCAUGGAAAACUCGGAGUGUCUGAUUAUAAUAACGCUCUAAAGGUCGGCUAUGAUCCGGAACUGGAUUCCUACCCACCAUGGUUGCUUGCUCAGCCAUUUUCACAAAUUUUACCUUCUGUUACAGCUCCAGGAAGUUCAAUUGGUUGUCUAAAAGAGGAUAUUAGGAUCCAAUAUGGAUUUCCAGAAGACUGUGUUGUUUGCACAGGAACAACUGAUAGUAUAGCUGCUUUUCUUGCUGCUCGUGCAACACAACCUGGGAAAGCUGUCACUUCUUUGGGUUCAACGCUUGCUAUUAAGUUACUGAGCACUAGCAGAAUUGAAGAUGCACGAUUCGGUGUAUAUAGCCAUCGUCUUGAUGAUAAGUGGCUUGUCGGAGGUGCUUCAAAUACUGGUGGAGCUGUUCUUAGGCAACUUUUUACUGAUGAGCAGUUGGAGAAAUUGAGUGAACAGAUAGAUCCCCUGAAAGCUUCUCCUCUAGACUACUAUCCUCUAAAAGCAGUUGGUGAGAGAUUUCCAGUGGCAGAUCCAAAUCUGUCUCCCAGGUUAAAUCCAAGACCAGAAAGUGAUGUUGAAUACUUGCAUGGAAUUUUAGAAUCAAUUGCACGCAUUGAGGCUAAGGGCUAUAACUUAUUGAAAGACAUGGGAGCAACCCAGGCAGAAGAGGUGUUUACUGCUGGAGGUGGUGCAAAGAAUGAGAAAUGGACGAAGAUACGAGAAAGGGUACUCGGCUUGCCCGUGAGCCGGGCAAUGCAAACUGAGGCUGCCUUUGGAGCUGCAUUAUUGGCACUGAAGGGUGCCCAAAAAUAAGAGUAUGAGCAUGGUGAAAGAAACUGGAAACGAAAUGUUCUCAGAAAUUAUUCAAGUACUUGCUGAAUAUUUCAUGAGAUUUGAUGGGCGAAACAGAAAAAUAUUCCUCUUUGGUAUGGGAAUUCCAAGCGAUCACAGAAAAAAUAGCUUACUGUGGGGAAAAUGCUAAUACCUGACAAUUUUUUUCUGUUUUGGAUAUUAGAUGGGAUGGAAAAGAAAAUUACAAAGGAAUUAUUGAAACUAAGAAAAAGAAAAGAAAUUGUUAUGUUUCUUAUUUUUGUUUGGUCAGAGGAUGGUAAUGAGAUAUACCGUAAAAUUUUCUUAUA